AUGCAUCGACUUUUUGCUGAGCUGGAGCCAUCUGUAACCGUCACCGAGCAAAAUCUGGCAGACCGAUUUCGGUAUAUCUUGUGCUCAAAUACAUUUGAUGUUACCGAACUCGAACGGCUACGACAUGAGGCUGUUCCUUCAUCGGGUGAAAAUGCUGCGGCUGAGGAUGCGGCGCCACAACUUGCUGAGCAAACGGCAAAUGUGGAUACCGCCGUGAACACGUCAGUUGUGGUUGAUUCAGACGAUGAUGGAACAGUCGCCCAGGAACUGGAACUAGAGCAAAUGAGGAGUAUAUUGGAAGAGGCGAUUGUGGAAACACGCAGUACGCCUCUCGAAAAUCGACCGUGA